CACGCAUUGUCGGUGGCGUCCAAGCACCCGCCGACGAGUACAAGUUUAUUGCAUUUAUUGACUUUUUCAACCUUGAAACUGGUGGGACCUACUGCACCGGUAGUCUGAUUGCCCCCAAUAUCGUUCUGACCGCCGCCCACUGUGUCUACGACACGCCCACAAACAUGACUGCACCAGAGGAUGUAACCGUUAAAUUUACGCAUACGGUGCCAAAAUUUCCGUCAACAACCCGUAGUUACGAUGUCAUCAAGGUUGUCCCGCAUCCCAAUUUUAACUUGGAUGAUGGACCCGACGAUAUUGCGUUACUUAUUCUCAACUCUACUAUUCCUGACAGCGUGGCCACCAAGGUAAAACUGUACACUGGAGACUACUAUUUGGAUACGCCUUUAGAAGCUGCUGGUUUUGGUAUCACCGAAGAGUUGAACAGAACAAAGGCUGAUGUGCUAAUGAAGGUGGACUUGAAAACCAGCAAUACGGAAGCAUGCAGAAAGUACAUAAGCGAGUAUAAUCCGGCAAAAAUGAUCUGUACUGAAGGCCCGAUUGGAAAGUCACCCUGCCAUGGCGACAGCGGAGGCCCACUGCUUAUGUCCAUUGACAACGGUUUGGACGGUUUUGCGCUAAUUGGGUUGACUAGCUUUGGAAGCGGCGAAGAUAAUAAGGAGGCCUUAUGUGGUGCGGAUGGGGCCGCUGGAUUCUACACUCGUGUAUCUGCGUAUGUUUCGUGGAUUGCAGAGACUGCUGACCUAAGCAUUAGCAACUUUACCACUACCAACAAGACAAUGCAUUUAGGUGAAUUGGACGAAAUCCCUGAGUCUGAUCUUUUGGAUGAUGUGGAAUCCGGUGCUGAGUCCAGCUCAUCAGGGGCCGACAGUUUCAAGCUUCUGUCUGUUAGUGCUACAAUUCUUGCUGCGCUUGGCACAGGUGUUUCAGCAAUGCUCUUUUAAAUGUUUUUUUAGAUAUUUCAGAUGGAUUGUAGUAUUUUAACAUUUUCUGAACAUUUAUUAUGAAAGUGCAGCUAUAUAUAUAUAUAUAUUUUGCUGCCGCAUAUUCACCUGAUUAUUGAUUUUUGUCUUUCCGUAA